AUGGGCAACCAACAGAGCGCAUUGGCUGAGCUGGUGGCAUCCACAAACUUUUCAGAAGAUGAGAUCACUCGACUCUAUAAGCGCUUUGUAAAACUCGACAAGGAUGGGUCUGGAUCCUUGGAGCGAGACGAGUUUCUCGCUAUUCCUGCCAUUGCAAGUAAUCCUCUAGCCCAACGACUGCUAGCAGUAUUUGAUACCAACGGUUCUGGAGAUGUGGAUUUCAAAGAGUUUCUUACUGGAUUGAGUGCAUUUUCUGCCAAGGGGAAAAAGGAAGAUAAACUCCAUUUUGCAUUUAAAGUCUAUGAUAUGGACCGAGAUGGAUUUAUUUCCAAUGGCGAGCUUUUUCUGGUGCUAAAAAUGAUGGUUGGAAACAAUCUUAAAGAUGCUCAGCUUCAGCAAAUCGUUGACAAGACAAUUAUGGAAGCUGACAUAGAUAUGGAUGGAAAGGUUUCGUUUGAUGAGUUUACAAAGAUGGUGGAAAGUACAGACAUUGCACGGCAAAUGACUUUGGAUCCAGAGCGUUUCUAG